AAGCCGUGGUCUUGAGUAUUUUGAGUUUGCUUUGAUGUCUGCCUGUAUACCAAAAGACACACGAAGCCUGUGCAGAUAAAAGGCCAUGCAGAACAUGCGGCAAUUGCGUUGCCCAGUUUCUGCAUACUCGAUGUUCAAUCCCUUUUCGAAUACUACUCAUUUUCAGUACUUCCUGGCACGUUCUUGCCCAUUUCUGCACACUUGCGAUAACGAAGAUGAACAAUAACACCGGCUUCGAUCCAAUCAACUGCACUUACGCCACGUGCUCAGUCCAGGAAUGGGGCCAGCUGGAUUAUAUACCGUCGCUUGCAGGCAAUGCUCUUUACGUGGCGAUAUUCUCCUUGACCUUGAUAGCACAGACUAUCCUGGGCAUCUACCAUGGAACAUGGGGCUUCAUGAUUGGAGUAGUGGCGGGUAACGCUCUUGAGAUUCUGGGGUAUGCGUACCGAAUUGAGCUGCACUACGACGAUUUCAACAAUAACGAUUUCAUCAUUUACCUAGUUGGUCUCACAAUUGCACCAGCAUUCUACUCGGGUGCCAUAUACUUGUGCCUGGCCCGGAUCAUUGCAGUGUACGGCACCUCCGUGAGCCUGCUCAGUCCACGAGCUAUCACCACAAUCUUUAUCGGCUGCGACUUCUUGUCUCUGCUUCUGCAAGCUGCGGGAGGUGCAGUCACCAGUCUAGCCAUAUCCGAAAGCCUUACUCAGACUGGAAUCAACAUCAUGAUAGCUGGACUUUCGACACAGGUGGUCUCCACCACUGCCUUCUGCUGUAUCUGCUUGCAAAUGAUGUUCCAGGUAGUCAAACAACCGGGGUCGGUGAAUCCGAACAGCUUGUCUUUGCGCAUAACGCUGAGGUUUCGCUUCUUCCUAUGGGCCCUCGCAAUUGCCACUGUUGCCAUUCUUGUGCGAUGCUCUUUCAGAGUAGCGGAGCUCAGCAAGGGGUUUGGGAGUAACAUAGCAAACAACGAGGUCGAGUUCAUGGUUCUGGACGGAGCCAUGAUGUCGAUUGCGGUGAUAGUUCUUACUCUUGGCCACCCUGGCCCUGCACUUGGACAUAUGUGGCAGCAAGGGAAUUUCAAGCUUUGUGGUUCAAGAAAGUCGCGGUGAUAGACUACUGAGGCUGUUGCCACGGAGCUGAGAUAUCAUG